AUCAUGGCAGAACAAAGUCAAGUUUGGAUCGGCUCUGCAGAUUCCGUCAUUUAUUUGAUCAACACCCACAGCAUGUCUUGCAAUAAGCAACUGAACGACCAUCGCUUUGAAAUUGUGGACAUCGUGGUGGAUAACAGAGAGAGCCUCCCCAGUGAGGCGUAUUCCUGCAGCGUGGACGGCACAGUCAUUGCUUGGAACAUCAGCACUUUGAAAGUGAACCGCCGAUUCCAGCUGCCCUACGAAACGGUGACUUCGAUUCAGUUCUACAAGAACCGACUUUGGUGCUGUGUACAAGACCACAUCGUUGUGGUCACCACAAACGGGCUGGUUCGCCAACAGCUGAAGCUGCAGAACGUGCCCAGCGGACUCCCGACGCCUUUGCUCUGCUUCCAGUUGUUUCCCGAGCGGGAUGAAGCGUGGGCUUCGUGGUCCGGCAGCAGCGAGCUCUUCAUCUGGAAGAUGGAGGAUUUCUCAACCCCCUUGCAGAAGCUGAGCCUGUCGGACUGUUCAGAAAUCACCUGCGUGAUCAAAGUGAAAAACCAGAUUUUUAGUAAAUAA